AUGACAAGAAGUUCUACCAUUAGGGGCGAUUCGCCCGUUUUGAAUCCCCAGAAGUUAAUCCAAGAGGAAAGGUCUAAAUCAAAGAUUAAUAUUGAUCAGAUCAAUACGUUCUUGGAAUCCAGUCCGGAAAGACGGGAGCUGACGCAUCGUCUGAUUGAUGAGGUUGUUAACGAUCCGAUUCUGAAGACAGAAACGAGCUAUUAUGAUCAGACCAAGAGUGAAGAAAGAGAGAAUACUGCCAGAAAGAUCGCUCGUUUAAGUCUUUACAUGGAGCAUGAUAUCAAGGAAGUUAGAAAGCGUUUCCGUGAGACCGACUUAAUCAAGGAGUUGCAAACAGAUGAGGACAAUAAAGUUGCCCCGUUGUCGAAUAGAGAUUUGUCGAUAUUCGAUAAGAGGUUGUCGUUGGUGGCCAAUAUAGAUCCUCAGUUGGGUACGCGUGUAGGGGUGCAUUUAGGACUGUUUGGAAACUGCAUCAAGGGCAAUGGAACAGACGAGCAAAUCCGUUACUGGUUGCAGGAAAGGGGAGCACUUUUCAUCAAAGGAAUCUAUGGUUGUUUCGCCAUGACCGAGCUGGGGCACGGGUCAAAUGUGGCGCAAUUGCAAACGAGAGCAGUUUAUAAUCCAGAUGGCGACACCUUCACGAUAGAUACCCCGGAUCUUACCGCAACGAAGUGGUGGAUUGGCGGCGCAGCACACUCUGCGACUCAUGCUACAGUUUAUGCUCGGUUGAUUGUUAACAACAAGGAUUAUGGCGUAAAGACAUUUGUGGUUCCCUUGAGGGACCCGGCCACUUUCCAACUGCUGCCAGGGAUCUCGAUCGGUGAUAUUGGUACUAAAAUGGGGCGUGAUGGUAUUGACAAUGGCUGGAUCCAGUUCAGAAACGUUGUAAUCCCUCGCGAGUUCAUGCUGAGCCGCUUCACCAAGAUACUCAGGGCGCGCGAUGGUUGUGUCACCGUGUCGACAGAACCCCAGUUAGACCAAAUUUCUGGCUAUAGUGCAUUGCUCAAUGGUAGAGUGAAUAUGGUCAUGGAUUCCUUCAGAUUCGGUUCCAAGUUCGCUGUCAUUGCGACUCGUUACGCUGUUGGCAGACAACAGUUUGCCGAGAAGAAAGGAAAGCCGGAAUCUCAACUGAUAGACUAUCCCUUGCACCAAUUCAGGGUACUUCCCCAAUUGGCAGUUGCGUAUCUGGUUUCCCCUGCCGCUUUCAAGUUGAUGGAUGUUUACUAUGCGACUUUAGAGGAGCUGUAUAAGGCAUCCGCCUCAGCAAACGGCUCGACGGACAAAAAUGCUUUGAAAGUGGUCAGUCAAAAGCUCAAGAAUUUGUUCAUCGACAGUGCCAGCUUGAAAGCUACCAACACUUGGCUAGUUGCUCAACUGAUUGAUGAGUUGCGACAAUCAUGUGGCGGCCACGGCUACUCUCAGUACAAUGCAUUCGGCAAGGGAUAUAACGAUUGGGUGGUGCAAUGCACAUGGGAAGGCGACAAUAGCGUCUUGUCACUCACGUCUGCCAAGUCCAUACUUAAAAAGUUUGUCGAUGCCGGAACCCGUGGUAAGUUUGAUGAGAAACUAGAUAGUGAUUCGUUCAAUUAUUUGGAUCCCAGUUUCCUGAUGUCGGUUUUGACGGGCCAGGAAUCAACAGACUUGGAUGAGUUGUCCGAUUACACCAGAAUUUGGGCUGUAGCGCUGGUCAAGAUCAUGAACCAUGUUGCCAGGCAAAUCGAGAAGACCAGGAAAAUCGAUGGUGUUUCCAGCCUCCUUGUCAUGAUCUCGAAGUUCCACGCCUUGCAUUACAUGCUUAAGGUAUAUCACGACAAGCUAAAUUCUCCGGACUCGCAUGUAACAGAUUCCAAAUCGAAAGAAUCCUUGUGGGACAUCUACAAGCUGUUCUCCCUUUACUUCAUUAACAAGCAUUCUGGUGAAUUUCAGCAGUUCAAAAUUUUCACGCCAGACCAAAUUUCCAAGGUUAUCCAACCACAGCUAUCAGAGCUGUUGCCCAAGAUCAGGGCAGAGUGCAUAGCACUAAGUGACGCAUUCGAGCUGCCCGACGCGAUGCUAAACGCUCCGAUCGGUUAUUUUGACGGGGAUAUCUACAACAACUACUUCAAUGAGGUCGUGAAAAACAAUCCUGCCGAGCCUGACGGUGCGGGCAAGCCGCGCUACCACGAGCUCUUGACGACCAUGUUAAGGAGAGGUUACGAAUUUGAUGAAAGGCUGGGCGGGGCUGCCAAUGCCGCCAUCUUGGCAAGAUUAGCUAAAUGA